CUGUGACACUUUGACGCAUUCCAACAUUUCCUUCCAAGGUUCACUUUCGUAUUCCAUUGUCUUUCUCCAAAUAUCCACCGAAAAGUCGUAAAGGUGGAAGAAAAAUCAAUGGAGGCCGAAGCUUCAUCGUUCGAGUGCAGUGAGAUGUUAGCAACACUGCUAGCUUCAACACCGUUGCUCGAGGAGUCAUGGAAGCUCUGCGGUCAAGCCAACGCCGAAGCUCCGCAAAGUUAUGGCACAAAGCAGAUGGGACAUGUGAGUUACGUAGCCUUUUCAGGGAUCCAAAUGCUUGCAGGGUUGGAUCCCAGUUGCAGCAAUUUGGUGCCGAUUGAAAGCUCUGCUAAUGGGCUGUUUUCCUCCUUGCACCGUCAUGGAGAAGGUGAAGAGCCAGUUAUGGUUCAUGCUGGAUUGCUACAUCUCUUCUUGUCCUUCUACAGCUCCCCAAUUUUCCACAACCAGAUGAGGGAGAUCACUAGCAACAGCAAAUCAGUAGUAUUCACAGGCCACUCAGUUGGAGGAACUGUUGCCUCUCUUUCAGCUCUAUGGUUCCUCUCAUGUCUCCAAUCACUUCCCUCCUCCUUUUCUGUGAUUUGUGUAACUUUUGGCUCACCUAUGCUAGGAAAUGAAUCACUUUCCAAAGCCAUCCUCCAAGAAAGAUGGGGAGGAAACUUUCUCCAUGUUGUUGCACAACAUGAUAUUGUACCAAGGCUGCUAUUUGCUCCCUCAGAUUCAUUGUUUCCGUAUUUAUGUUCUUUCUUUCCUUUUUGGCAUUCAUCCAUGUCAAAUCCAUCUUUCAAGCAGCUUUUGGCACAAUGCCCUGAUGAAAUGCAAGCUCAAUUUCUUCAUAUUGUUCUGAAUUCUCUUGAAGCAUUAUCAGCAGGAGGUCUAAAUUCUGGCCAGGGGAACUUAUUUUGGCCAUUUGGGAGCUAUAUUUUCUGUACUAGCAAGGGGUCCAUCUGUUUGGAUAAUGCAGUAUCUGUCAUCAAAAUGCUACACCUGAUGUUAGCAAAGAGUUCUCCCAGUUCUAGCAUUGAGGAUCAUCUUAACUAUGAGAAUUAUGUGGGCCAAGUUUAUUGGCAAAUUCUAAGCAGUAACAACUUCCAGGAAGGCGAUUUACCUGAUUCAAGCUAUGAAGUUGGGAUUGCACUGGCAUUACAAUCAUCAGACAUAACUCCUUGUGAAGCAGUUUCUGGACCAGCAAAAGAUUGCCUGAAAUUGGCAAAGCAAAUGGGUCGCACGCCCAGCCUCAACAGUGCCAAUCUGGCAAUUGCUUUGUCUAAGAUCACACCACUCAGAGCACAAAUUGAAUGGUACAAAGCAACAUGCGAUGAUUCUGAUGAUCAAAUGGGAUAUUAUGAUUCAUUCAAGCGAAGAGGUGCUUCAAAGAAAAAUUCCAAAGUCAACAUGAAUAGGCAUAAGCUUGCCAGGUUUUGGGAUGAUGUGAUAUCAAUGUUAGAGCACAAUCAACUACCUCAUGAUUUUCACAAGAGAUCAAAAUGGGUAAAUGCUUCUCAGUUCUACAAACUCUUAGUUGAGCCAUUGGAUAUUGCAGAAUACUACAGAUCUGGGGAGCAUUUGAAGAAGGGUCACUACACGGAGCACGGAAGGGAGAGGAGGUAUAAAAUCUUCGACAAGUGGUGGAGGGACAGAAAGGUUGAGGGAAAUCCUGGUAAUUCAAGGAGCAAGUUUGCAAGUUUGACUCAAGAUUCGUGCUUCUGGGCUAGAGUAGAGGAGGCAAGAGACUGGUUGAAUCGUGUUAGAAGUGAAGGCGAUACAAGGACACAAUCUUUGUUGUGGGAGAAUAUUGAAAAAUUUGAUCAGUAUGCGAGAGGAAUGGUUGACAGAAAAGAGGUGUCUAUAGAUGUUUUAGCUAAAAAUUCAAGCUACAAUUUGUUUGUAGAAGAAUGGAAAGAUUUGAAAUCUCAGCUGCAGCUAUUCCCACCUCAUUUUCCCAGUUUACUCGAUGGGGGAGGAAGUAGCUCAUUUGACUAUAUUGUAGGGAAGUGAAAGAACUCAAAGAAAGUUUCUUGACCCCAUGAAAUUAUGCAGACCUUUUGUGCUACACAUAUAUAGGAAGGGUAGCUCACUUAUGAAUAAAAGGUUGUGAUCGUAGAACAGGAUUGAUGACAUUACAAAGCUUUAUGUAUGAGGGUUAUUCUUUAGUUCAAUUCUUCUAGUUACAUGGAAACUAGGUGUCCAAUGCUGCAGCUGCUUCAGAAGAAAGAAAGAUGGAUUAUCCAUUAAUAACGACUUUGCCAUGUAUAUAUAUGUUAAACCUUUCACUAUCUAUAAUACUCCUAAUAGGUCUCUCUCUUAAACCAUAA